AUGGCUGCUCCCUGGCGAUCUGCAUUGGUGAGAUCUUUAGAAGCAAACAAGCAACUGCCUGUUGCCAAGUUCAUGCAGUUAGCAACAGUGCGGCCUGAUGGGAGGCCCAGCGUGCGCACUGUUGUGUUCAGAGGCUUCCACAAUGAGUCUGACCUAAUCACAUUCACCACAGACACCAGGACCUACAAGGUUGAGGACAUAAAGCAGCACCCCUGGGCCCAGAUCUGCUGGUAUUUUCCAGAGACAAGAGAGCAGUUCCGCCUGGGAGGAAAUCUCGAGAUUAUUGGAGAGGAUCACCCUGACAAUAGCCUGCUAGUGGCACGGCAGGAGGCAUGGGACAGCAUGUCGACCAACGGGCGCACCUGGUUUGCCUGGCCGGCGUCGGGGCGGGUGCGGGAGCAGGACUCGGCGGAGUUUGAGAAGCCCGUGCCGGAUCGAGGCGAGAAAGCGCUGCCAUCUUUUGCGCUGGCCAUCAUGGAUGUGGACAGUGUGGACUAUGUGCGCCUGCCUGACUUCCGUGCUGGGUACAGCUGUGAUGUGGGCUCAGACGGCAGCCGCAGCUGGACCCAGCAAGAACUCAACCCUUGA